UUGCCUGGGGAAGCAAGUGUGGCCGAGGCCGCGACAGUUGGCCUCUGGCUGGCCCAGCCCAGCCCACGGAUCCGGAGUGGAGAACACGAGCACCGCCGGGCUCGCUUGCGAGCUCCCGAGCGGGGCGCUCCGGCCCCUCAAGGAUGGCCGAGCGAGGGUUACCCCAGCGAGCGAGACCUGCGGAAAAAAUUGGUAAUAAGACCUCUGUAGCCAUAGCUAGUUCUGACGUGAAACCAAAAUCAAUAAGUCGUGCCAAAAAAUGGUCAGAAGAGAUAGAAAAUCUGUACCGAUUUCAACAAGCAGGAUAUCGAGAUGAAAUUGAAUAUAAACAUGUGAAGCAAGUUUCUAUGGUAGAUCGUUGGCCAGAGACAGGAUAUGUGAAGAAACUUCAGAGACGGGACAAUACAUUCUAUUACUACAACAAACAGAGGGAAUGUGAUGACAAAGAAGUCCACAAAGUGAAAAUUUAUGCUUACUAAGCUUUCUUCUUGGUAUUACCCUGUCAUUAUCUUUUUAAAAACCCACUGUUUCAUUCUUCAUCAUGUAAGUGUCAUUUUACAAAAUACUCCAAAAUGCAGACCAUGAAACUUGGUCUCUGGUAAUCAUCCCAUUGUGUUCUAAAAUAUAACUUCAGUAGCAUUCC